UACGGUGCUGACGAUGAGAAUUUGUUUGCAAAUCAAAAGGUUCCUGCCCUGGUGACCAUUUUUAAUUAUUUGAUUUGCUCUCCUGAACUCAUCACUGGCUCUACGCUCAGAUCUAAAAGGGCUUUAACUGCUGCGUGUGCCUCUGUCGAUUUACCAGUUUGACGAUCAAGUGUCAGAAGGGUUUUUGCCACUGAUCGUUCAAGGCAAACUUUUAUGCACCGCUCUUUGUCUGCUUCUCGUUCGCAAGAUGCCUUCCGUUUACGAGUCGCGACACCUAGGCAUGGUGAUAUGAGAGAAUGACUGAAUUAACUUACCCUUUCUUUACUAGCUACAGCAGAUAUGGGAUCAGGAUCCUCUUCUGUUGGACCAUUUCCACCGACGAAAUGUAGACUACAAACGUAGCUGUCCUUCGUGCACACAAACGAGUCACCUCGAUGACAUAACCUUAUCCACCUUUGCCUUCUCUCCUUUUGUCUAACUGCCCCCGGAAAAUGGAAAAACUUGACUGGGUCGCCGUUAGCGUUUCUUACCCAGGAGUUGAAGUAUCGCGAAUCGUUUUUCAGAUAGCCAUAUCGACAGGGUCAAUAAGGAAUUGCAAGAGCUUGGUUACAAACAUGGAGAUCCUUUGAAAGUGGAGGAUGUCAAUAAGUUUGAUCAGAUGCACUAUUAUGGAAGCAAAGCAGUCAAUGAGGCAAUAGAUAUGCUAGGAAUAAGCUCAUCUCACAAGAUCCUAGAUGUAGGCUCAGGUCUUGGGGGUCCUGCAAGGCAUUUGGCUCACACCACAAAUUGCUCUGUCACUUGUCUUGAGCUUCAAGAGGAUCUUCACUCAGAGGGGCAAGAUUUGACAAGGAGAUGUAACUUACAGGAGAAAGUAACUCACAUAUCAGGAGAUUUUCUCAAAAUGGACUUAGGUGAUGGCAGUUAUGAUUUUAUAGUGUCUUGGCUGGUUUUUCUCCACAUUCCAGAUAAGAAGAGUAUAUUUGAACGCUGUUUUCAUAAUUUGAAACCAGGAGGAAAAAUUUUUAUUGAAGAUUUCUAUCAGAAGUCAGGUGUAGAUUUAACCGAAGACGACCUGAGAGUUUAUGAACAAGACUUGUACAUGAGCAAUCUCGCUGAAAAAGAUGCUUAUAUAAGCCAGGUGAAGGCAGCAGGGUUCACCGAUGUCCAGUUUGAUGAUCUGACCGAAGCUUACCUGUCGUUCGUUUCAAACAGACACCAGGAAUUUUGCAAACAGAAAGAACGCCAUGUGCGGGUGAUAGGGCAAGAUGCAUUCGAUUCCCUAGAAUAUUUUUACUCAAAAGUUCUUUGCGUAUUCACGAAAGGCAUUACGGGAGGUUGUCGUGUUAUUGCGACUAAACCAGUUUUGUAGAUCAAAGUUAAUAGUUUCCUAAUUAAAAAAGACGUUUGCGCAUUAAGUAGUUUUAAAAAAUAUAUUAUAAAAUAAUUCAAAUAGUACGCGCGCUCUGAUUGGCCAUAGAACCAUUUUACAUGAGCGUAUGUAAACACGGUUUUCAUAAUGAAUCUUCUCGCGGAGUUCUCCCUGCUAUUAAUUUAGCUGUAACUCAGUUUCUUUAAGUUUGUUUUGAGUACAGUAAUGGAAGAAGAAGAUUUUCCUAAUUUUUCUUUGGAGUUUAAUUUUCCCAGUAUUCAAGAAACGGCCGAAAAGCCAAAUGAACAACAACAACAAGCACGUCGCUUUCCUUCGUUGCAAGAAGAGGCUCUUUCUUUAGUUAUUUUAUAAAAGAUAGGCCCGAUAUUAUCUCGUGUUAUCUCUUAUCUCAUGUUCUCCCAACCUCCUGCGUUUUCACAUCAGGCUAUGUAAACACGGAAACCAUUUUACAUUUCUUCAGUGACAAACUAAGAAAUAUAUAAU